AUGAAUCAGCUACCAGAUGACCAUUUUCGUUAUAUUUAUAGUUCUUCAUUACACGAACAAGUGCAAAUAAAAGUUGGUACAUUAGAAGGUAAAAAGCGUCAGCCAGAUUUUGAAAAACUCUUAGAGGAUCCCAUUUUACGCUUUUCUGGCCUCUAUUCGGAGGAAUGUCCGGCCUUUCAAAUCCGUUUACAAGUUUUCAACAAAAAUCGGCCAUACUGCCUGCCUGUAACCACCUCUUACAAAGCUUUCACUAAGCGUUGGAGCUGGAAUGAAUGGGUGACACUGCCAUUACAAUUUUCCGACUUACCACGAACAGCUAUGUUAGUGCUAACAAUCCUCGACUGUGCAGGUGCUGGUAAAACCACAGUAAUAGGCGGUACAGCAAUUUCUUUGUUCGGCAAGAAUGGUUUAUUCCGCCAAGGUAUGUUCGAUUUACGAGUUUGGUUGGGUGUAGAUGGUGAUGGCAGUUAUCCAACGAAAACGCCUGGCAAGGGGAAAGAGUCGUCAAAAUCACAAAUGCAACGUUUAGGUAAACUGGCAAAGAAACAUCGUAAUGGGCAGAUGCAUAAGGUCGAUUGGUUAGAUCGAUUGACAUUCCGUGAGAUAGAAGUAAUUAAUGAGCGAGAAAAACGCAUGUCAGAUUACAUGUAUCUAAUGAUAGAGUUCCCUACAGCCGUGUUUCAAGAAUACUAUAAUUAUUCCAUUGUGUACUUCGAACCAGAAGGAGAUAAAAGCCAUAAAAUACUGACAAAACCCAAAUUGGUAACUGUGCCGGAUUCAGAUAUAUUGCAGGAGAAUCUAGUCGAGCGUAAACACCAUCGUCUGGCACGUUCUGAACGUUCUCGAAUUUCCGAUCGCGAUGUAAAGCCAACCGCUGUUAUUCGCAAUCAAUUGCAUACCAUUGUGUACCGUUAUCCACCAACAUGCGUUCUCAGCAGUGAAGAGCAGGAUCUUUUAUGGAAGUUCCGAUUUUAUUUAUGUUCACAUCGUAAAGCGUUAACGAAAUUUCUCAAAUGCAUCAAUUGGGGGACACAACGCGAAGUUAUGCAAGCACUCUCGUUAAUGGCCAAAUGGGAACCGAUGGAUGUGGAGGAUGCCUUAGAGUUACUUAGUCCAGUCUUUACACAUCCCGAAGUGCGACGUUAUGCCAUCAGUCGUUUGGGUCAAGCGCCUGAUGAAGAUUUGCUGCUAUAUCUGUUGCAACUUGUGCAAGCUUUGAAAUAUGAAAAUUUCAACGACAUCGUCGACUUACAUAAGCAACUUUUUCCCGAUCAUGAUGUUGUACGUUCAUUAGAUGGCACCUCUACCAUCUUAGACCCAAGUUCGAUUUGCUCCGAUUCACUUAGUGCUGGCUCGUCAGUGAUUGCGGCAAGUAGUGUUGGUUCACAGCGCGGCAUUGUGGCGUCUGUUCUUCAGCGCAAUGUACAAACAGACAUAUCGACAGCGCGCACAUCAACGUCUGUAGCGCCAAUUACGACAACAAGCACAAAAGCAGCAGCAGCAUCCGACACACCACCAAUUUCCAUUUCGACAACUUCGUCAGCUAUAGCUGCGGCGGUUGGCAAUGGCGGUGGUGGUGGUGCUGGUGAUGGCGAUAACAAUUAUAUAAAUACUACUUCUGUAGUUUCUGGUAGUUCUGUUGCCACUAAUACUCUAUCUGGUGAGAGUAGCUCAAUUGGUCCACUGAGAAAUGAUCCCGGAGAUCUCUGUACAUUCCUGAUACAACGUGCUUGCAAAAAUCCUACACUCGCCAAUUACCUUUACUGGUAUUUGUCCAUAGAGGUGGAGGACCAUGAGUCCUUACGUAAGCAGGAUGAGCGAGUACAUGAUAUGUAUGUGAUGGUGUUGCGUAUUUUCCUUAAGGUCCUAGAAACCGGCAACUUUCAUUUGCGAAAUAUUCGUCAUAAUUUGAAGAAACAACAGAUUUUAGUGGAUGAGUUGGUUAAGUUGGUGAAGAUGGUGGCCAAGGAGCCGGGAAACCGCAAUAAAAAGACGGAAAAGUUCCAGAAGCUUUUAACCGAAAUGGAUACGUUUAAAAUCAAUUUUACCGGCUUCGAUCCGCGCCCCUUUCCUUUGGACCCAGAGAUUUAUAUAACGAAAAUCGUUCCCUCGAAAACUUCACUUUUCAAAAGUGCAUUAAUGCCCGCCAAACUUACUUUCGUCACUACUAUCGGUAAACACGAAUAUGUAGCGAUUUUUAAGCAUGGUGAUGACUUACGUCAAGACCAACUUAUACUUCAGAUGAUAACCCUAAUGGAUAAAUUGUUGCGGCGUGAAAAUCUUGAUCUAAAACUAACCCCCUACAAGGUGCUGGCCACCAGCUCGAAGCAUGGUCUCUUACAGUAUAUUGAUUCGUUUACUGUAGCUGAUGUUUUGGCGCGUGAAGGCAGCAUACAUAACUUUUUCCGCAAGCAUAAUCCCUGUGAAAAUGGACCCUAUGGCAUUGCGGCAGAAACUAUGGAUACAUAUAUAAAAAGCUGUGCCGGCUACUGUGUGAUAACAUAUCUUUUAGGUGUUGGCGAUCGUCACUUGGAUAACUUACUGCUCACAACCAAUGGCAAGUUGUUUCACAUCGAUUUCGGCUAUAUACUGGGACGUGAUCCGAAACCGAUGCCACCGCCUAUGAAACUAAGCAAAGAAAUGGUCGAGGCCAUGGGCGGCGUUAGCUCCGAUCAUCAUCAUGAAUUUCGUAAACAAUGUUAUACGGCAUAUUUGCAUUUGCGACGACACGCCAAUGUUAUGCUUAAUCUAUUUUCACUGAUGGUGGACGCCUCAGUGCCCGAUAUAGCGCUCGAACCGGAUAAAGCUGUGAAAAAGGUCGAAGAAAAUUUGCAGUUAGGCCUAACAGAUGAGGAGGCGGUGCAGCAUUUACAAGCGCUACUCGAUGUCUCGAUUACAGCCGUAAUGCCAGCACUAGUCGAACACAUUCAUAAAUUAGCUCAGUAUUGGCGAAAGUAAAUGCGUAAUAAUAAUAAUAAUUCAUUGUUAUAUAUAUAAAAGCUCUUUAUUUGCCAACCUCAUCAUUUGCAUGCAUGUUUUUUAAGAGUAAAUUUAUUAAGUUCUAGAACAGACAUGUUGAAAGUAUCAUAAGCAAAUGUUAUCAAAGAAUUUUAUGUAUGAUUUUUAGUGUAUGGCAUGCCUAUACAUGCUUAUGUAUAUCUUAGCGAGUAAAAUGUUUUAUUUAGACAAA